GAGUACUUUCACAUUUUAUGGUUGGCAAUUAAGCUUUUCUGCCGACUUAACUCACCGGCCACUAGUUCAUAGUGUUUUUCACGUGAGCGGAGAUGUGGCGUGCCGUAGACCCUUCAUUUUCCUACCGAUCUGCGUGCAACCCUAUCACACUUCUUCUUCGAAGUUCAAGCUUCUAUGCACAUCCGACAAUCCGUCUAUAUAUAUGUUUACAGAAUACACCGAGUUGCAAACAGUUCGAGUAAGAAACAAAGAGAGAUUGUAUUUAUAUUCAUCAUGGGUUCUAACCAUUUCUCACUUCUUCUUCUUGUAAUGAUCUCAUUCAUGACUCUUUCACAAGCUCGUAAGAAUAUAAAAUGGGGUGAUAAAAGUACUGUUCCACACAAAAUGGGCAAGGAGAAGAUGACGAAAUUACAUUUUUACUUUCACGAUGUUAUCACCGGAAAGAAUCCAGUUGCAGUUCAGAUAGCUCAAGCACGGGGAACAAAGUCUUCUCCGACAAUGUUUGGAGCAAUGUUUAUGAUAGAUGAUCCAUUAACUGAAGGUCCCAGCCCGAGAUCUAGACUUGUGGGUCGAGCUCAAGGUUUUUAUGGACAUUCCGGGAAGGAUGAAUUAUCUCUGACGAUGAGUAUGAGUCUUGUUUUUACUGGCAAUAAGAAGUUUAACGGAUCUACUAUCAGUGUUUUAAGUCGGAAUCCCAUUGAACAUACGAAACGAGAACUUGCGAUUGUUGGAGGAACUGGAUACUUUCGAUAUGCGCGUGGGUUCAUAAGCGGCAAGACGUAUCGGGUUAGCGGACCAGAUGCCAUUGUUGAGUAUACUUGUAAUAUUCUUCAUUAUUAAUUCAAGUUUUUGAUGAUUUUAGUUGGAGUCUUGGGCAGGAUUUUUACUUGUGAUUCCUUGGGCAUUGGUCAUUAGGUAACGUUUAUGGAUUUUUAAGAUGGUGUAAUAUGAAUCUUAUUCUGUGUGAAAAUGAAGUUUUAAAUUGUGAA